AUGAUCUGCCACACCCAUGACGAUGUGGGGUGGCUCAAGACGGUGGACGAGUACUAUAUGGGAGCCAACUCGUCGAUCCAGCUGGCAGGCGUGCAGUACAUUCUCGACUCGGUGAUGCCUGCGCUGGAGGCGAAACCGGAGCGCAAGUUCAUCUACGUCGAGCAGGCCUUUUUCCGCAUCUGGUGGUCGCAGCAGGACGCGGCGAUGAAGGCCCGGGUCCGCAAGCUGGUCGCCGACGGUCAGCUCACCUUUGUCGAAGGAGGCGACGUUAUGCCUGACGAAGCCAACCCGACGUUCUCCGACUGGGUCGACGCCCUCACCCGCGGCCAGCGGUUCCUGCUCGACGAGUUUGGGCCCGAGGCCUCGGUCGCCUCGUCGCAGGUCCUGUGGCAGAUCGACCCGUUCGGCCACUCGCGGACCGUGGCGCUUGCCGCUGCGCUUGGUGGCGCCAACAUCGGCGUCCUCGGCCGCAUCGACUACCAAGACAUGGCUCAUCGCGAAUCAACCAAGCGCAUGGAGUUUGUGUGGAAGACCUCGCCGUCGCUGGCGAGCAUGGGUCCCACCGCCGAUCUCUUUACCCUGAAAACCUUCAACGGCUACGGCCCGCCCGAUGGGUUCUGCUUUGACGUCGUGUGCGACGCGCCGCCGAUCCAGGCUGAUCCGCUCCUCGAGGACGUGAACAUCAAGGAGCGCGCCGACGCCUUUGUCGCCGCCGCCAAGAACUGGGCCUCCGUCUAUACCUCAAACAACGUCAUGAUGACCAUGGGCUCGGACUUUCAGUACCAGGCCGCCAACAUGUGGUUCAAGAACCUCGACCUACUCAUGGGCUACAUUCAGGACAACGCCGCCGCCUACGGCGUCGACAUCUUCUACUCGACACCACAAAACUACGCCGCGCCGGCACUCAAGCGCUACGUCCGCUCCAACUCGGCCUAUCUCCGCCUCUCGCGCCAACUCGAGGCUGCAGCCAUGGCAGCCUCGCCAUCGGGCCCGGUCGGCUCUACCGACGGUCUCUGGGACGCGGUCUCGGUCCUGCAGCACCACGAUGCCGUGGCCGGAACCGAGAAGCAACACGUUGCCAACGACUACGCCAAGCAACUCUACAUCGGCCACGCCCACGCCGACGCCCUCACCUCGGACGCCCUCGCCCGCCUCACCGAGCGUUCGUACUCGGGCCUCGUCUUUGACCAGUGUCGCCAGGCCAACGUAUCUAUCUGCGCCGCCACUCAGGGCGUGCCUGCCCGCGACGGGCCGGGCGUCGUCGUCGUCCUCUACAACCAGCUCGCCACGGCCACCAGUGUUUGGCACCGCCUCCCAGUCGACUCGACCGAGUGGGCGGUGGUCAACGCUACCUCGGCUCCGGUUCCGGCCCAGAUCGUGGUCAACCCGCCGCCGCUCCCCGGCCGGCCGACUGCCUCCAAGUACACGCUGGUCUUCCACGCCGCAGACCUCCCGCCGAUGGGCUAUGCCACCUUCUUUCUGGUGCCUGCUUCGUCGGCGGCGCCGGCGGCUACGCUCGCUGCCCGCGCCGAUGGCCCGCCGAAUCCGGUAGGCAACGCUCACUUUGAGCUUACCUUCAGAUCCGACGGCCUCCUGGCGGCAUACACUGACAAGGCGCGCGGGCGGACAACCAAGCUUGUCCAGCGGCUGGCGUACUACAAUGCUUCCGCUGGCGGCGAACAGCCUCAUCCGCCGGUUCUCAACGAGUUCCAGGCCUCGGGGGCGUACAUCUUCCGACCCAACUCGUCGGCGCUGUUCUCUACCGGGCACGCCGCCGGAGCCGACAUCUCGGUCCAGAACGGCCCCUUUGGCGUCGAGAUCCUUCAGCGCUUCUCCGACUGGGCCUACCAGCAGAUCUUUGUCUACGCUGGCGAACUCGCACCUACCGUCGAGUACACCAUCGGUCCGGUGCCCAUUGCCGAUGCCGACGGUAAGGAGGUGGUCACCGUCUUUGCCUCGGAGCUCGACUCGGGUGCUAACUGGCACUCGGACGCCAACGCCCGCGAGAUGAUCGCCCGCCGUCGCAACUACCGUGCCACCUGGCAGCUCAACUGCACCCAGGCCAUCGCAUGCAACUACGUCCCUGUCAACACUGCAAUGUACCUUGAGGAUGACGCGGCGCGCCUCACCCUUGUCACUGACCGCUCCAACGGCGGCUCGUCCAUGGCGUCUGGCGAGCUGGAGCUCAUGAUCCACCGUCGCUUGCUCUUUGAUGACGCGCGCGGCGUCGGCGAAGCCCUCAACGAGACUGGCAUCACUGGCAACGGCCUCAUCAUCCGGGCCCGCCACAUGUUCCACGUCGGUAGCCCCGAGUCUGGUGCCGACUUUCAGCGCCCGGCCGUUGCUCGCAUCACCUACGAGCCGACCGCUUUCUUCGCCCCGCUCACGGGAACGCCCGCCGAGUGGGCCGUCGCUCAUCGCACGGCCUGGUCCGGCCUCUCCGCCCCGUUUCCGCCCAACGUCUUCCUCCAGACCCUGCAGCUCCUUGAUCCAACCACCGUCCUCCUCCGCCUCUCGCAUCGAUACGCGCUCGGUGAGUCGGCCAAGUGGUCGCGCCCAGCCACCGUCAACACCACUGGCCUUUUCACCGCCUUUUCCAUCACCGCAUGGACCGAGCUCGCACUCACCGCCAACCAGCCUGUCGCCAACCUUCGCUCUCGGUUUGUCUGGAACUCAUCCGGCGGGCCCGAAGCUGCCGUCGCUUCGCCACUGCACAGCGCCGUCAACCGUGCUUCUCCGUUCCGGCCCUCGCCGCAUCGCCCAGAUCGCGGCUACGGCACGGGCCCCUCAGUCGAGCUCCUCCCCAUGGAGACCCGCACCUUUGAGCUCGUUGUCGAGUGGAAGCAUGAGGCCUAAAGAGUGUUUCCCACCACCAGGCUUGGGCUGCCCUUGUCGGGCGCGCGCUAGCGGUCAGCGCACGAAACGAUCUCUUCCAAAAACGUCAGCG